AUGCCUAUCUCUUUGGUAGAUUCAACAGUGAGUACCAUUGCCAAUGGUCUCGUUGGAACGGUUCAGAAGGUCUUAAAGAGAGGUGCUGCCAAUACGAUGUCUGUCAAUCUCAACAAUGGAACCAAUAAGUUCAAGAGACUGUCGAAACCAACUCUACCUGUCAAACAAAAGAUUCAAUCAAUUAAACAGCAGUUAGCCAAUGGUAAUAGUAGUAGUAGUAGUAGUAAACAAACAACGACAAACGAUAAAGACGGUGAAGAUAACAACGUCGAUCAUAAGGAUACCGUGAUCGAUCACGACCAAGACACUCCACCAAAGAAGAGCGAGAAUCUGAAACGGUUCGAAUCCGAUAUGGAAUCCAGUGGAAAAGUAUUGUUGCAUCGUGUCAUCAAAUUCAGAGAAUCAGCUAAACCUCUAGAGGAUCCAAAUACUUUACUCAAAAGAAAGUAUAAACCUAUCAACAAGUUGGUUACUACAACAACAACUACAACAUCUACAACUCUUAUAAAGAAACAACAACAACAACAACAGAAAGAAGAGAUUUUAGAUGAUAAUAUAUUACAUCCACCAAAGAAGAUACUGUUUCCAGCGGAUCGUAUCGAUGCUAUGAUGCUGUGGAAGACCAUUCGUAAGGUUGGCUCCGGUCUGAACAACAUCGGCUCGUUGAAUCCACGCGAAUCAAUGACCACGGUGAUCGGAAGUAUUUUCGGUGGCUACCUACAGAGUCAGGUGAAGUGCUCGGUUUGCUCGUACGAGUCAAACACAUUCGAUCCGUUCAUGGAUCUCAGUGUCGACAUUAACCAAGCGGACUCGCUAAGCAAAGCGCUCCAGCGAUUCGUCAAGGCGGAGCAACUCGACGGUUCCAACAAAUACAAAUGUUGCAAGUGCAAGAAGCUUGUCAAAGCGUCGAAGCGCAUGACCAUCCACGUCGCGCCACCCGUCCUCACCGUGCAACUGAAGCGAUUCAGCUUCCUCGGUUUCCACGGUGGAAAGAUUAGCAAACCCGUACAAUUCGAUCCCGUAUUGAAUUUGACACCCUACAUGACUACUUCCACUAAUGAUGUUGUAUAUGAUCUAUAUGGUGUGUUGGUACAUGCUGGAUCAUCUACUAAUUCCGGACAUUAUUAUUGCUAUACAAAGUCAUCGAGUGGCGUUUGGCAUGGAUUGAACGACGAGUCUGUCAGUCAGCCGGUUGUUGCAUCGCCAAAUGUCCAAAUCGAAUCAUUGGCAUUGACAUCCAACAGCAAGAAGAGAAAGAUAUUAGAUAGCGAUGAACAACAACAGCAACAACAAACUACUCAGAGUCAAUCAACUAUCACAGAAAAGAAGAAAAAGAUUGAUAAUGAAUCGAAUCAAACAACCACCACCACCACAUCAUCAUCUUCAUUAAUGGUUAGACAAUGGGAUGAUAAAUCUAUUGACGAAACAAAACAGAAAAUCAUUGAAGAACAAAACAAUAUUGCAUCCAAAACUGGACAACAAUUAAAACAAGCAUCCAGAGAUAAAGAUAGUCAAUUUGAUUUCAAGAUUGCUAAAUGGGAUAAUGUAGAUGAUGAAACUUUGAAAGCACAAAAGGAAUUGAUGAAGGAUGAAUCAUUGAAGGAAUUGGUUCACAAGAAGGAUGAAUGGGAUGAAGAGUUUGAUAAAGGAAGAACCAGAAAGCUAAAGAAGAAGAAGAAUAUCAACUUUGCUGAGAAUCAAUUCAAUAGUUUGUCGAGCAUUUUACAAAAGAAGAAGGAAGAUCAACUUAAAUACGGUGAUCAGACUCAAACACAACAAUCAAACGGUAGAAAGUUUGGUCGUACUACUACUAAUACUAAAAAUAAUAACAUUAGAACAACAAACAACAACCGAGGUAAUAAUAACAAACCAAAUAAUUUUAAAAGAAAACAACAACAACCUGCUGGAAAAGGAAAAUUCAACAGAAAAUAA